UCCUUUUGCUUUUUAGAAUCCUUCUCUGUGCGAUCAAAAAAGCAAAUACCCCAAUCGCUAGGAGAGAAAGGGAUGAAAACCUGAAACAGUUCUUCGUCGGUAUUAUCUCGUUUGACAAAGAGACUCGCCGAGCUCCGCCGUCACUUAAUCAACCUAAACUCUUCCGAAUUAAGUUUCCUCGAGCGAUUCCGAUUACUUUUGUGUGUGAAGAGGAUCGAUCACUUGUUGCUUAUCUCCCACUCUCAUCGUCAUCAUUUGAUCUUGGAGAGUCGGAGUUUCGUGAUUAGGGUUUAAGCAGCGUUCCGUCGGUUGGAUGGAGAACGACUCGCGUCUCUUUGGGGAGUUCGUUAGAGCUAACCAGUACAGGAUUCCAGAGAUAGUCUCUGCUCUCUUACCAACUGAUGAGGAUGUUGCUGGACUGAAGCAAGGUAUGAAAACGUUUCAGAAUCCUUCCAUGAAAAAGAGGUUCAGGGAUAGCAUGAACUGGCUGCAGUGGUUGAUGUUCCAAGAUGAGCCUGGUGUUUCUUUGGAGAAUCUGGCGUUGUUGAAUGUUGAUCGGCGAGGUGUUUGUGGCUCCGUCUGGGGACACAAUGAUAUGGCAUAUAGGUGUAGGACAUGCGAGAUUGACUCAACUUGUGCAAUCUGCGUGCCUUGUUUCCAGAAUGGAAGUCACAGCUCUCACGAUUAUUCUAUCAUCUACAGAGGCGGUGGUGGUUGUUGUGAUUGUGGGGAUGAGACCGCUUGGAAACGUGAGGGUUUCUGUUCGAAACAUAAAGGUUCCGAACAGAUUCAACCCCUCUCAGGAGAUCUAGCAAGUUCAGUUGGGCCUGUUCUUCAUGCUCUUUUUACUUGUUGGAAUAACAAGCUUUUAUCAGCAGAAAGUAUUAAAGAUGAUAGAUCCACCGAUGCUUCUGUGGUACUCCAAAAGAUGUCGAACGAGCUGACAUUUGCUGUGGUUGAAAUGCUUCUGGAAUUUUGCAAGUCCAGUGAAAGUUUGAUGAGUUUCGUUUCUAGAAGAAUUGUCUCUUCAACUGGUCUACUGGAUAUUCUCGUGAAGGCUGAGAGGUUCUUGGACCAAGGUGUUAUGGAGAAACUACAUGACUUGUUCCUCAAAUUGAUAGGAGACCCAGUCUUUAAGGUGGCAUUUGCCAAAGCAUUUGUGAGCUACUAUCCGGUUGUCAUCAGUGAAGCGGUUAAGCAGGGUACUGAUAAUGCAUUCAACAAGUAUCCACUACUGUCUACAUUCUCUGUGCAAAUCCUCACGGUGCCAACUCUAACACCAUUUCUGGUGAAGGAAAUGAAUUUGCUAGCUAUGCUUUUCAGAUGCCUCCGUGAGAUCUUUCUUUCUUGUUCUGGAGAGGAUGGUGUGGUACAGGCUACAAAGUGGGAACGGUUGUUUAAGACAAGUGACCGUGUCAUUGACGACUUGAAAUAUGUUAUGAGCCAUGCUGUGGUUUCCAAGUAUGCAACACAUGAACAUCUGGAGUUGUCAAGAUCAUGGUUGAGACUCUUGACCUUUGCUCAAGGAAUGAAUCCUCUAAAAAGAGAGACUGAAAUCCAUAUUGAAGAAGAAAAUGAGAACAUAGAUUUGUUCUUUGUUUUGGGUCAUUCAAUAUCUCUUAUUCACUCUCUGUUGGUUACUGGUACAUAUUCUGCUGCCAGUGAUGAAGAGAUAGAAGAUGAGAGAAUCACCAAGGUAGGACUUGAUAAGUGUGAUGGAGAAAGGUAUGCAAAAGUUAGGAGAUUGUCUCAUGAAGAUUCGGUAUAUAGUGAGAUGGUAAGCAGCAGCUCAUUUGAUAGCUCGAUGGCCUCUGAAGUCCACAGAAUUGACCCUUUCUAUGCUCUGCUUCCUUCUUCUGCCAUAUGGUUGGUACGGGAGUGUUUGAAAGUUCUGGAGACAUGCUUAGGAGACGAUGGAGGUAUAUCAAAUUUUCUUUGCAAGUUGUCUUCUCCUGGCGAUAGAAACAUCCCUGGUAGCAAGAUGUCGUGGCCAAGCAGAAAAUUGUUAAAGGUUGAAACUAAAAGAAGUGUAUCUAGUGGUCUUGCCAGUUCCAGUAGAGAUACUGGCUUAUCACCUCUAUGCGGCGAUAUACAACCAAAUCUUAGCUUGGAUAAUGUUGGUGGAUUUAGUGGGGAGGUUCAGACAGAUGUUACGGCAUACUCUAGGAAAGUUUCUUGCAACUCUUCCGAUCCGGCGAAGAAUGCAUCAGAAGUACACAUACUUGGUCUGUGUGAUUGGCCGGACAUCCACUACGAUGUGAGCUCUCAGGCCAUAUCUAUUCAUCUACCGAUACAUCGGUUCCUAUCUUUGCUUAUACAAAAAGCUUUAGGGAUGUGUUAUGGAGAAUCUGCAUUGCACCAUGGAGUCAAUGUUAGUCAUGAGAUCCCUCAUACCAACUUCUUCAGCUAUGUGUUAGGAGAUUUUCAUCCUCAUGGGUUUUCCGCUCUUGUUAUGGAGCAUGUGGUCCGGGUUAGGGUGUUUUGUGCCCAAGUUAUUGCUGGAAUGUGGAAGAAGAAUGGGGAUUCUGCAAUUCUAUCUUGCGAGUGGUAUCGGUCGGUUAGCUCAGUUCGCUGGUCAGAGCAGGGAAUUGAGCUUGAUCUAUUUCUUCUACAGUGUUGUGGUGCGUUGGCUCCCGCAGAUUCUUAUGUUAAUAAGCUUCUUUGUCGGUUUGGCCUCUCGAGCUAUCUUUCACUAAACCCGGAUGUAACAAAUGAGUAUGAACCAGUUUUGGUCCAGGAAAUGCUUGUUCUUCUGAUACAGAUUCUGCAAGAAAGGCGAUUUUGUGGUCUUUCUACUGCUGAAAGUUUGAGAAGAGAGAUCAUCUUCAACUUGGCCACUAAAGAUUUCACUCAUAGUGAAUUGGUCAAAUCUUUACCCCGUGAUUUGUCCAAGUCGGAUGAGCUCCAGAAGGUCUUAGACGAAGUUUCAGUCUUUAGUAAUCCAUCCGAAAUGAACCAGGGAAAGUACUCACUACGGUCAUCUUGUUGGAAGGAGUUGGAUCUCUACCACCCUCGUUGGCGUACAAGAGACUUGCAAUCUGCAGAAGAAAGGUUUUCACGCUAUUGUGGAGUGUCUGCGUUGACCACUCAACUUCCUAGAUGGAAGAUGAUCUAUCCGCCUCUAAAGGGUCUUGCUAGAAUAGGCACUUGCGAAACCACAUUUCAAAUCAUUUGCGCUGCUUUGUACUAUGCAAUAGAGAGUGGCACAUCUAUUAAAUCACGCGCUCCUGAUGGCGUCCUCAUAAGUGCACUGCACUUACUCUCGUUAUCAUUGGAUAUUUGCACUCAGCAAAGGGAAUCAUCUAAUCUUCAGGUAGAAGAUCCAAUUCCGAUUCUCGAAUUAGCUGGUCAGGAAAUAAUUGGUGUAAAUCAAGGGACUGGAAGACAAAGUUUGUUGUCUCUUCUUGUUUCACUAAUGAGGACUCGUAAAGACGAUCAAUUUCCAGAGGCAGGGAGUUGCAGUAUUUCGUCCUGGAUUCGAAAUCUGCUGAAGAAGUUCAGUGCAAUAGAUUCUGUUUGUAUGAACCUAUUGCAAAGUCUUGCCCCGGAGGCAGUCGGUCAGUCUGGGUUUGAUAAAGUCACAUCAGGCUCUUCUUCUUCUGAUGAGAAACGCAAGGCUAAAGCUAGAGAGAGGCAGGCUGCUAUUCUGGCAAAAAUGAAAGCUGAACAAUCGAAAUUCUUGUCUACCUUGAGUUCCAGCAUAGAUGGUGAUGAUUCAAGAUCUGAAACUGAAAAAUGUGAUUCUGUGAUGAAACAUGAUUCAGAAAUUGCUGUUGUUCGUGAAGUUUGCUCCCUCUGCCAUGACCCAGAUUCCAAAGACCCGGUUUCUUUCUUGAUUUUUCUCCAGAAAUCUAAACUUGUUAGUUUUGUGGAUAGAGGCCCUCCAUCUUGGGAUCAAUGUCCACAGUCCGAAAAGAAAACUCCCGUGGAUGGAUCUUUCGAUCGCCUGAGAGUGAAUUUUUCCACUGAUAGUUUAAGAAGGAUUCCUCCUCGUGUGCUACAAUUUUCAGAUGAUUCAACCUCUGAGUCUACUACAGAUUCUGUACUUGAAGCUUUAACAGCCCGGCUUGUAGGGAAGGGUCUGAAGGAGAAGAGGUCUAGCGAAGGGGGGGGGAAAGAUGAAUCUAAAAUUGAAUCAUUGGAGAUGGCUAUGUAUCAAACUGUUCGCAAAAAAAUUGAAAUGAUAAAUCAAAGCCUUACACAUGUAGAUCAUCAACGGCAUGAUGCUGAAAGUAGUUCGGGGAGAAAUUCUGUUAGUGCUCUAUCUACUUUGCAAGUUAGAUCACCUGAUAGUCGACCAAGAGAAACCUCCAGACGUCCGGAUGUCGUCAGUUUAGAUGAGUUUCACCCUACCGACUGUGACGGGGUUCAUCUCUCAUCAUGUGGACAUGCUGUGCAUCAAAUCUGCCUUGAACGAUAUAUAAAGUCCUUAAAGGAAAGGUCUGUCAGAGGAAAUGUCUUCGAAGGUGAACAUAUCGUGGAUCUUGCACAGGGAGAAUUUCUCUGUCCUGCAUGCCGCCGACUAGCUAAUUCUGUAUUGCCUGCAUGUCCUGGAGAUUUAUGUUGUGUCUCAAAGCUACAAGAACGUGCGCUUGCUAAUUUAGGUAGAUCAGAUGCACAGAUGCCUUCUCUUUGGCUCUCUGAAGCGUUGUGUCUUCUGCAAUCUGCUGCAGAUGUGAUUGAAGAUGGUGAUAGUGUUAAAAAGGUUUCUCUGCAGGGACAUGAGACAACAAGGAAAGAUCUUGAAUCUGUCUCCAACAAGCUCUGGAAUUUC